UAUCGCGCAAGCGCGCCUCCCCUGCCCAGUCUUCCCCCCGCCCCCGCCGGCCCCGCGGUCCCAAGGCGCAGGUUGCCCCCAGCCCCCUCCCUUCUCCCGCACACUUUCUGUCCCACCCUCCCUAGCUUUGUGCCGGGGGCGCGGAGCCGCUUCCCCCCUCAGCCGCGCCGCGGGAGGAGGGACCCGUCAGCGAGGAGCUGCCGCUGGCUGCCCCAGGCAGGGGCACAGUUGCAACCAAGGCAAUGUCUUACUACCUCAACUCAGAAAACCACCUGGACCCAGGGCCCGUCUACGUGCGAGAAAAUGGGCAACUGCACAUGGUCAAUCUGGCCUUGGAUGGUGUCAGGAGUAGCCUGCAGAAACCAAGGCCUUUCAGACUGUUUCCCAAAGGCUUUUCGGUGGAGCUUUGCAUGAACAGGGAAGAUGAUACUGCACAGAAAGAGAAGACUGAUCAUUUCAUCUUCACAUACACCCGGGAGGGGAAUCUUCGGUACUCUGCCAAAUCCCUCUUCAGCCUCGUCCUGGGCUUCAUCUCUGACAAUGUUGAUCACAUUGAUUCACUUAUUGGCUUUCCUGAGCAGAUUGCUGAAAAGCUGUUCUCUGCUGCUGAAGCCAGACAGAAAUUCACAGAGCCAGGUGCAGGGCUGAGGGCUUUACAGAAAUUUACAGAGGCCUAUGGAAGUCUGGUGCUUUGCUCCUUGUGUUUGCGAAACAGAUAUCUGGUGAUUUCAGAAAAACUCGAGGAGAUUAAGUCUUUCCGGGAGCUGACCUGCCUGGAUCUAUCCUGUUGCAAGCUUGGAGAUGAGCAUGAACUUCUAGAACAUCUCACCAAUGAGGCCCUGUCUAGUGUAACUCAACUCCACCUGAAGGAUAAUUGUUUAUCUGAUGCUGGGGUGCGGAAAAUGACGGCACCAGUUCGAGUGAUGAAAAGAGGCCUUGAAAAUCUAACAUUAUUAGAUUUAUCUUGUAACCCUGAGAUCACAGAUGCAGGGAUUGGAUACCUCUUUUCUUUUAGAAAACUAAACUGCUUAGAUAUCUCUGGGACGGGACUCAAGGACGUCAAAGCUGUCAAACACAAGCUUCAGACCCGCAUAGGUCUCGUUCACUCCAAAGUGCCUUUGAAGGAAUUUGAUCACAGUAACUGCAAGACAGAGGGCUGGGCUGACCAGAUUGUUCUGCAGUGGGAGCGUGUGACUUCGGAAGCUGUGAAGCCACGAGAAACCUCGGAGCCUGGAACAGCAGCUCAGCAUUUCUAUGGGAAGCGGGCUCGAACAGAAGCCCCAGUGAAGUGUCACCUGGCAGAUGCCCACAUGAAUUCUUCUGAGAAACUCCAGUUCUAUAAAGAGAAAGCCCCAGAUUGCCAUGGACCACUGUUGAAACACGAAGCCCUCUCAAGCCAGGAGUCAAAGAAGAGCAAGAAGAGAGCUUUUGAGGAGCCAGAGAAGGAACAGAGCAACUCUCCACAGUCUUCAAAGCAGAAAUAUGUGUGUCUUGCUGUGGAAGACUGGGACUUGUUAAAUUCCUAUUGAUUGGCAGAUAUAAGUUGACCUUUUUUCCCUCCAACUCUAAUGUAUGAGGAAAGGGGGCUGAUGAUGUUUUCCUUUUUGUUUGAAUUUACCUAUGGCAUUAGCAUAGCAAGCGGACAUUUCUACUUUUGUGGUGGGGGAGGGGAAAGCUAUGGAAGUAUGUAAUAAUUUCUAAUGUAUAUUUUCAAUACAUAGUAAUUUUUUCAAAUAAACGUUUUUGCUGUC